GGGGGCACUCUUUACACUCACAGUUCCCAGUGCACACUUCGCACCGAAGAGAAGAGACGAUAAUGGCGGGUUUUGGCGGGAAAAAGGUGCGCCAAAUGGUCGUCGGCUUCGGCGGCAGUGGCCUCGGCCAGGUCGUCAUUGCUGUCGCCGUCUCCUUCAUCGUCCGCGUCUUCUCCGCUCCCGGCCCCGCCCUCUCUCCGGAUAACGACGAUGAUGACAUGCCGGACAACGAUUCUCGCAACGGCGAAGCUCCGUCCUCCGGAAAGGUCACGCCGGUCACAAUUCGCUGGAAUAGCAUCAAUUGCUCCCUUUCCGAUAAAUCCUCCAAGUCCGUGAGAUUUUUGCUUAAAAAUGUGAGUGGAGAAGCAAAGCCUGGGAGAUUAUUAGCCAUAAUGGGGCCUUCAGGUUCGGGGAAGACAACAUUGCUUAACGUUCUUGCGGGUCAGUUGCAAGCAUCUCCUCGGUUGCAUUUAAGUGGCAUUUUGGAGUUCAAUGGAAAGUCUAGUUCUAAGAACGCUUACAAGUUUGCUUAUGUGAGACAGGAGGAUCUCUUUUUCUCACAGCUCACUGUGCGGGAAACAUUGUCUCUAGCUACAGAACUCCAGCUUCCCAGUAUAUCUUCUGCUGAAGAGAGAGAUGAAUUCGUGAACAAUCUUCUUUUCAAACUAGGCUUGGUUAGUUGUGCUGACACCAAUGUUGGUGAUUCAAAAGUUCGUGGAAUUAGUGGUGGUGAAAAGAAACGCUUAGCGUUGGCAUGUGAACUGCUUGCAAGCCCAUCUGUUAUAUUUGCUGAUGAACCCACGACAGGACUUGAUGCCUUCCAGGCUGAGAAAGUCAUGGAAACUCUCCAACAACUUGCACAAGAUGGUCAUACUGUAAUUUGCUCUAUACAUCAGCCAAGAGGUUCAGUGUAUAGUAAAUUUGACGACAUCAUCUUGCUAACAGAGGGUUCUCUUGUUUAUGCUGGUCCUGCUCGUGAUGAACCAUUGGAAUACUUCUCAAAAUUUGGGUACCCCUGUCCAGAUCAUGUAAAUCCUGCUGAAUUUUUGGCUGAUCUUAUAUCCGUGGACUACAGUUCUGCUGAUAGUGUCUGUUCCUCUCAAAAAAGGAUCGAUGGUCUUGUUGAGUCAUUCUCACAAAGAGUAUCAACUGUAAUAUAUGCAACUCCAAUUACUAUAGAUGAUUUCUCAAAAAGUAGAAAGAAAAUUAGCAAGAGGACUGUAGCAAAGAAGUCAGGGGGUUGGUGGAAGCAGUUUCAGUUGCUUCUUAGAAGGGCAUGGAUGCAGGCUUCCCGUGAUGCUCCAACAAACAAAGUUCGGGCAAGGAUGUCAAUUGCAUCAGCGAUUAUCUUUGGGUCAGUUUUUUGGAGAAUGGGAAAAUCUCAGACUUCAAUACAAGACAGAAUGGGAUUGCUUCAGGUUACUGCAAUAAACACAGCUAUGGCUGCUCUCACAAAGACUGUUGGCGUGUUUCCAAAGGAACGAGCAAUUGUUGAUAGAGAACGUGCUAAAGGCUCCUAUUCCUUGGGUCCCUAUUUGUUAUCAAAGUUGUUGGCUGAGAUUCCCAUCGGAGCGGCAUUUCCAUUAGUGUUUGGUUCUGUUUUGUAUCCAAUGGCACGUCUUCAUCCUACUUUGCAAAGAUUUGGAAAAUUCUGUGGCAUUGUCACUAUGGAAUCUUUUGCUGCAUCUGCUAUGGGUCUUACUGUUGGUGCUAUGGUUCCAACCACUGAAGCAGCAAUGGCAGUAGGCCCCUCUCUGAUGACAGUUUUUAUCGUAUUUGGAGGUUACUAUGUCAAUCCAGAGAAUACCCCAAUCAUCUUCCGCUGGAUUCCCAAUGUUUCUCUGAUUAGAUGGGCCUUCCAGGGACUCUGCAUCAAUGAAUUUAGUGGUCUUCAAUUUGACCAUCAGCAUUCAUUUGAUGUUCAAACUGGAGAACAGGCACUAGAGCGUAUUUCCUUUGGAAGAAGUAGGAUUAGGGAUACUGUGAUAGCACAAAAUAGAAUACUGCUAUUUUGGUAUUGCACCACCUACCUUCUCCUUGAGAAAAACAAGCCCAAAUACCAGCAACUUGAAAGCCCUAUUGACCUCAACAAACCGCAUUUAAAACUUGAGGAGUUGAAUUCUGAACAAGUUGAUCAGACACUUAAAGCUCCACUGGUCAACCAAGUUGGUUCCAACCAAUCCCUUGAGUCAGAUGAAGUAGAUCUUGUUGGCCCUUUUGUCCUAGAAGGUACUAGGUAAAGAGAUACUUUGCGAAAGGGUGACCAGCAAAUACUGAGACAGUUAGCCGUUUCUAUAGAACAGGACUUCAAUCACGAUGUGAUAAUUGCACAACCAAAACAUCAGCUUAUGCUUACUAGUUAGUUUUUUGGUCGAAUCACAGGUGGUUAGUUGUAAUAAUAAACAGUGAUGGUGGCUGAUUGGCCGUAUCAUCUUGGUUCAUUUUUAUUAUAGCUUCUUUUUUCAUUCAAUGAUCACAGAAUAUGUGGAGAUCAUCCAUCGGAUGGUUUUUUCUUGAUUGUGACUACUAUGAUCCACAAUUUUGGAAAAUUGAGGUAGGUCACAGGUUUCCUUUUUACCAAGUUUUAGUAGUGAAUAACGUAGUCCUAAUGGAUUGUGUCUUCUCACGCAAGACGCAGGUUUAUAUACCAAUCCAAACAUAGUAUUCGGUUGGACCAGAAUGAAGGGAAAGAAAAAGGAGGGAAAUUUUAUUAAAAUUUUAAAAUUUCCCGUUUAAUUUAUAAGUUCGGAGAAAUUGUGGGGAGAAUAGUUAUUUUAAUAGAGUGAAGUGGAGGUGAGGAGAGUGAAGGGUACAAUCUUUUUGGUGUGAAGGACAUUGCAUUCUUUUUCGUCAUUUAAAAACUAUUAAAUCACGUAUUUUGAUGCUUCGGCAUUUAAAUAUUUUUUUAAUUGUAGCGUAACCUUUGCGGCCUUGUCUUGUCAGUGCUAAUCAUAUGAUUUACUGUUUUUAUUUGAUUUAAAAGUUAAAUUGUCUUCCAUAAUGUUUCUCUAACAAUAUUUUGAUGGCGUGUGAGAUGGGUACGAGAAAGAGAUACGAAGAAAGUGAAAAAAAUUGUAAAAAGUAUGGUAAGUGACAUG